AUUAACCAAAGAUUAGCGCAACGUCGGCCUUCUCUCUCGCCAUCGAAAUUUACUAAUGAAGAGUUUGAAAACUUUAUGCAGGCUAAUGCUGAUGCCGCCAAAGAAAAGCAGGUUUCAGAAUCUGUGAUUCCCAUCAUCGAGGGCAAGAUCGCGGACGCUAAAUGCCGCUCGGGAGGAAUGCCGCUCACUAACCUCGACCCCCUUACUAACCUUGACCCCCUGACUAACGGCACGCCUAAACCUGGGAACCUAGAUGUUUACUACAGCACGCGCCCAGAACAGCUCACUUAAAAAGUCCGCGAUAAUCUUAGCAGCCAUAUCACUCCUUUAACGCAGCACGACCUUCCUAUUAUACCGAACUUUUUCCUGGCAGCCAAGGGGCCGGAUGAAUUGUUGGCGGUGGCUGGACGACAGGCUUGUUACAACGGUACAUUGGGGGUAAGAGGCAUGCACAGUCUUCAGUUAUACGGGAAGGACAAGCCUGUUUCCAACAACAAUGCCUAUACCAUUACAUCGAUUUAUUAUAGCGGCACCCUCGAGAUGUAUACCAGCCACCCUGCCGAGGGCCGUCCAGAGCAUUUUACGAAUCAACUUAAGGGAUGGUCCAUAACCGGUGAUCCAGAAACCUUCCGGCAGGGAGCCACUGCGUACAGAAAUGCAAGAGACUGGGCAAAAGAGCAGAGGGACGAGGCCAUUCAACAAGCGAACGAGAGAGCUAACCCAGUUCAAGUUAAAGCACUAGCACCAGCACCAGCAGGUGAUCUAGCGGGUGAUGCAUUAGGUGCUGAAGAAAGUGAUGGAUCCGCCGCAGUUCCUGUCGCGCAGGCCCCUGCGGCAAGCAAUGUUGCAACUAGGGAGAGCAAAAGGUGGUUGUAGGCAAAUGGCAAAUUUUAAUGCUAUAAACGACAAGACUAUGUGAAGGAGCAGAGCGAAACUCCAGCUGAUGUGUGGGUUCACUGUGGCUGGCCUGGUCAAGGAGAGAAGAAGUGGAGGCAUUGGAUAUCGGCCACGCGUGAAAUCCUAUAUUCAUGACGGCAGAGGAUUUUGUUGAAUGGUUUUAUUUUGUCCAUCUGUUAAGUUCCUAGGGUAGUAAUUCACUCAAUUAUCGCAGCGCUCUUCGCUGGGCUUUGCCAUCACGAGGGCAGGGAUCACCAUUAGUCCUGAAUCAGCGCCAUCUACAGUGUCCCAAUCCAACAUCCUUCAAGCCAACGCUAACCUCAUCUCCCCCACCUCCCCCUC